AAUGGUCAAUGGUUUGCUCCGGGAUUGGGCCGGACGAAAUGCAGCGGGUGGUAGCAUAUUAGCCUGACGCUAAACUGAUCGUCCCCUCUAAAUCGCUGAAGAAUCGGAUUCAAACUCUCCGACAUGUGGACUUUUGGGCGGCUUAUUAUAAAUUUUCCCGUUCCUACCAUCACAGGCUCUCAUCCCAUUGAGAACUGGUUGCUCCGUGGUGUCAACGGCUCCGACCUCUCGGCCGGCCGGUCUUGGAUGGCUGAACGGGAAUGUGGGGCCGGGCAUGUGGCCUACCGAGCGCCGAGGUCCCGAGGUCAUCAUCCAUAGUUCGAGCUUCACAACUUCGUGACUGAGGACUCACAACGACGCCCAACACUACCCACUACAUCAAAUAAUAUAGGAAAGGUAUAAACGAGUAAAAUGCCACUUGAGGUCAUAUACGUCACUCGUCACGGAUUCCGUUCUGGAUGGAGUGUCGAUCCUCUCACUGGUGUGUACACCGGAUUCAUACGAUCGCCAACAGGCAUCCCCGCGGACCCAGCCUUGACGUCUCAUGGGGUCUCACAAUCAAAAGAGAUGGGUAAACAUCUCAUGACCCUGGAUCCUCCCAUCGACGCCGUAUACUCAAGCCCGUAUUAUCGAUGUCUGCAAACGAUAAUACCAUUCAUUGAACUCAAACAACAGCAACUCAAAGACCAACCAGGUAUUCGAGGCUCUGCGGCGGCCACAAUACGCCCAGAACAUGGCAUAGGUGAGUUCUUUGGGGCAGCACCUUUCGACCAUCCAACCCCCGCCUCUUCCAAGCGACUCAAGGAGUUAUUUCCAGCAUUAGAUGAGAACUAUGCGUCUGCGAUAACGCCCUCUAGAAAAGGCGAAACGAUCAAUGACCUAUAUGGGCGAGUUGCAGCAGCUGUACGAGCCAUCAUCGAGCGCUGUGACGCAGAGGGACACCGUGCUGUGGUGUUAUGCACCCAUGCUGCGGUCGUCAUAACACUGGGCCGUAUCCUUACAGGACGUAUUCCCAAAGCUGUCGAGGAAGAAGAUUUCCACGCCUUUACGUGUGGACUGAGCACGUACCGCCGGCGAGGCCCAGGCCUGAAGAGAACUCCGAUGUUGGGCCCUAACAAAUCUCACCCACCUACAAGCGACCUCAGCCCAGUAGGGGAGUGGCAGUGCGAAAUCGAUAGCGAUUGUGGUUUCUUGACUUCUGGAGAGGAGCGAGGCUGGAAAUUUUCUGGCGAUGAAUCGUUUCCAGGAACCGGCUCGAUGUCGCAAGUUGAUAUUGAGUCCAAAUUAUAGUGCCGCUCAUAGGAGGAGCGUAUUACUAUAUGUUCAGGUAAUGAGAGCUCCAUAACUUCGGGUCUUGAACCGGCAGAUGGCAGAUAUGUCCCGAGUUUACAGUUACAACAAUAUACCAGCUAUGAAACUCAGAACAUCACAAUCUUGCCGAAGAAUAAAAAACAUAUUUUGUGA